GCAGUCUGGGUGCGCUUCGAACCGCUGAACGGAAGCCAAUCCGCUCGAAUCCGGCGGAGCGCGAGCAGUCACGGGUGCUCACCGGCUGAAAAUCUAUAGUUUGUUGUAACACACUUGAAUUAUUUUUUGUUCUUCUUUUUUUUUGGGGGGGAAAUCAACCCUUCUCCGCAUCAAUAGCCCCACUUUAUAUUUGCGCUUGCGUACUUUGGUGUUUUGUCACAUAAUAGUUAUUUUUGUUAUAUCUUUGGGUGUUUAUUAUUCAGAAAUCAGUUAUAGAAUGAAGUGUCUUGGCAUUUUAGUGAUUUUUAUAUGAGUUUUUAAAACUUUUGCAAGUUUUUGAUUUGAAAAAUAAAUAUAUUGACUAUGGAUGGGAAUAGAUAAAUUUUUUUGGGUAUAAAAAAUAAGGACUGGUGGUGAUAUGAUGAUUGGCGGUGGUGUUGUAACACCUCCGGGAACUGCCAAAUCGGCAGCAGUUAUCAACGAGAUGGUUAUUGAUGUAAUUGGAAGUGCUAGUGUCAGUGGGAGUGGUAGUGGAAGUCCAGCGACGGCCGCUGUUAGAACUUCAACAAUUGACAAUAAUGAAAGUGGCAGUAAUAAUAAUAACAAUAGUAUCAGCAAUAACAAUAAUGAUGCACAUGUUGUUGUUGGUAAUGUUGCAAAUUCAACAAUAGCAGCAAGAAAGAUUUGUUGUCAGGAUGAAGAUACACCACCAAGUAGUACAGUGACAAGACCUUGGGAACCACCAUCUCCAACUUUAUCACAACAACAAACAAGAUCUCAUUUGUUACAAAUGCAUCCUGCCCGACAUCAUUCACAUGCACAACAUCAUCAUCAGCAGCUCAAUGUUCAACCAACAUCAAUGAUUGAUGGUGUCAGUCUACAAAACUGCACAACCGGACCGUUCCCAACGGGAAACAACAGCAGUGCUUCACGACAACGACUACUCGAACUCUCACAUGGAUUAGGUGCCUUAAGGCAUUACAAUGAUUUGGCCAAUCAUGUAUUGUCAUUAAAUCAACAAGGUGCUGUUGUCACUAAAUUACUUGGCACCCUCCGCCCACCAGGUCUGAUUGGUGGCAGCAAACCUAAGGUAGCGACGCCCGCAGUAGUCGCCAAGAUUGAACAGUACAAGCGAGAAAAUCCAACCAUCUUCGCCUGGGAGAUUCGAGAACGACUUAUUUCCGAAGGUGUUUGCAGUAAUGCAACAGCACCAUCCGUAAGUAGUAUCAAUCGAAUUCUACGUAAUCGAGCGGCGGAACGUGCCGCUGCUGAAUUUGCAAGAGCCGCUGGUUACGGUUUAUAUGCGGCUGGACCGCAUCCAUAUUUUAAUUCAGCGCAUCAUCAUCCAACGUCGGCACAUCAUUUAUCAUCAGGAUGGCCAACGCCAAAUGCUGGUAGUCAUCCUUGGGUGUUACCACAUUUAGGAAGUGGAAUGUCAGGUGCAGCAUCGUCAUUAUUACUUCCAACAUCAUUGAGUCCAGGGGCUGCUGCCGCUGCAGCGGCGGCUGCUGUUGCUUCAGCAUCCGUCGCCGGAAGUCCCGACCACGCACUUCAUGCAGCCGACGCUAUCGCUCGUGGAUAUCUCCAAGGUGAUUUUUGCGCAGACGGUGAUGGCGAUGAUGGAAGUCUUGAUGGUUCGGAACAACCGAAAUUCCGUCGCAAUAGAACGACAUUUAGUCCUGAACAACUCGAAGAAUUGGAAAAGGAAUUCGAGAGAUCUCAUUAUCCUUGUGUAUCGACUAGAGAGCGUCUAGCGUCAAAGACCUCACUUUCGGAAGCACGUGUACAAGUUUGGUUUUCCAACAGACGGGCAAAGUGGCGGCGUCAUCAACGAAUGAAUCUCUUAAAACGUUCGCCACCGCCGCCACAGUCGCAGCAACAGCAGCAACAACAGCAGCAGCCGCCGCCACAUUCCGCUGGAUUAGACAUCAACCGUACAGCGGGUUGCUCCAUUGGCGGAAUGGGCGGCGAAAAUAGUGCCUUUCGUGCUGUUAUCACUGGACCCGCGGAACGUAUUGAAAGGAUUGAUAAUCCGACGAGGCAACCAGAAAGAAAACCAAGCGCCUUUCGAAUGAUUAGUCAAUUGGUAGGUGAAACAUCUCCAAGUGCUCCUCGUUCAUCGAGUCCAAAUCAACGUAAUCAUGAACCGGGAGUUGAUUCUGGUCCUGGGAGACCGGAAAUUGAAUCAAUUGACGAUGAGGAUGAAGAAAUUGAUGUUCAAGAUUCCGAUCAGGAUGUACCGUCACCAUCGCCAGUUACUUGGAGGGAUCAUUGGACUGAUCAACAACCACUUGAAUUGACCAAACAUGAUCGUUGAAGUCGCGUAUUAGUUUUGGUUUUUUUGUCACCAGUUGUGUCUCAUCAGAUUAUUCAGGGCAUUGGAAAGCGUUUUGAGAUUUAGGACGACACCAUAAUAUUGGCUUCGGUAUUAUGCGGAGAAAUUAAAUUUUUUUUAAUCGCAUCAGUAUUGUUGUUAUAUAUAGUUUGUGUCUUUUAGAAAUGUUUAAUUAUUCAGGACAUAAUUGUAAAAAAGUAUGUUAAAAAAAUGAAUUCCUUAUUUCUUUUAUGGUUUAUCAGAUUAUUUUAUAAAGAAAUUAAAACACUUUUCCGCAUUUUAAAUUAAGUAUAUUGUAUCUUCUAGGAAGGUACAAGUACGUGUAAUAUUCGUAUAUGGUGAAUAUAGUUAGGAAUUGAUUUUCUGUUAAUUGCUUCAUAAGAGAACAUAUGUAUUUCUUAUGAGUGUCUCUGCAUUUGUUAUGAGAGUCUCAGUUUUUCUUCGAGUUAUAUGGUACUUAAAUACUAUAAAUACUAAAGAGGUGUGAACUUUUCCUGGAGUGAGGUAAAAUUAUAAACUACAUAAAAUUGGAAUCUUAUAAAGAAGUAUAUAGUUUUAGUUUAAAAAAAAGAGUUUUAAUCUAUGUUAUCAAAUUGCAAAACUUUGGUACAAUUAAUUUUACAGGAGAAAAACCUUUUUAAAAAAUAUGUUUUAUAAGUUUAAAAAGUUCAAAAAAACAAUUUGAAAAUUUAUUUGAUUCUACUCAAUACUUUUUCAAAUUAUUUUGACCAAAUUUUGCAAUUUCUACUGUGAAACUUUUUUUUCCAAAAUAGAAGUAAAUAUGUUUACUCCAAAAGGAAAGUAUAAAUUUAUUCAAAACUGAGAAUAUAAAUUUACUCCAAAAAAGUGAAAAUAUUCCAAAACAUGAGUGAAUAUUGACUCCAAAGUGGAAGUAGAACUUUAUUUUACAAAUAGUGAAAAUAUUCAAAUUUGGGACUAGAUUUGGACUCUAAAAAGGGGAGUAGUAUUUACUCCAAAAAAUUGAAAAUAUUUAAAAUUGGAACUAGAUAUGAACUUCAAAAGGGGGGAGUAGUAUUUUACUCUAAAAAUAGAGAAAAUAUUCUAAAUUGUUAAAGUAAACUCUAAGAAAUUUAUAGUAGAAGGCAUUUCUACUCCUUGAGAGUAAUUUUUACUAUAUUUAAAAAUCAUUAGGAUUUCGAUCCCCUAGGUUUCGUUUCAAAUAGUAAAAUUUCACUUCCAUGGAGUGAUAUUUCACUCCAGUCUUGGUGUGAAUUUUUACCUACAUUUUGAAUUAAAAUUUCCACUGCAAUAUAGUAAAUUAAAACAGACAAGUUAAAAAUUUUGGAGUAGAUUUAUCGGUUUUAAAAAUCAAUUACUUAGGUGUAAAUUUUAACUCCAAAAAAUUUAGCCAUUUAAAUAACACUUUUAAAAAGUAUAAUUUUACUCCAAAAAGAACAUAGGAUUCUCAUUCAAUUGAAAGAGUGACACUGUGACUUCUCUUGCAGAGCGAAAAUACAAAUCUUUGGAGUGAUUUUCACUCCUAUCGACUGUGUAAAUACUAUUAUUAUUUCUAGUAGAGCGUCAUUGCAAUUCUAAGCGCAUAUGUGAAAAUCUCACAAUUCGAAACUAUUUAGAAUGUACAUCUAUAUUUACUGCGACUAUUUAACUAUUAUCAACGUCAUUGUUUGUACAUAUAGUUCGAAAAAAAUGAGUUUUGUGAGAAACGAAACGAGAAUUAUCCCUCCUCUGUUAAAACAUAGUAGCUAACACUGGCUCAACGCAUCCUUUCUUAUCUACACUGAAAAAAAAAUUUAUUUGAUUCAAAUACCGGUGUAUUUGGUUAUUAUCAAAUAAAUAUUUACUUGAAUCAAAUAUUUCUUAUUUGAAUCAAAUAAAUGGUAUUUGCUUCAAAUACUGAAAUAUUUGAUUCAAAUAUUAUAUAUUUGAUUCAAAUAAGAAAUAUUUGAUUCAAGUAAAUAUUUAUUUGAUAAUAACCAAAUACACCGGUAUUUGAAUCAAAUAAAUUUUUUUUUCAGUGUACCUGAAACGCUAAAACUACUCUCAUCGAAGCAGAAGGCGAGCUGCGUCUCGCUCGGAAAACUAGUCCUAUAUAGAGAAACACUUUCGAGCGCAAUAGGUAUCCAUUUCCGUAGCAAAUGUUUCACACCUCUCGGAUAUUUUCAAGAAGAAUCCUUGGUUAAAAAAAAACAAAAACUAAAGCUACAAUUUCGCAGAAGCAAUGGAUCUUUCAAAGUGGCGUGAGAAAUUUGAGCAAACGUUUGCUAUAGAAAAUGGUUAUUAUACUCGCAUUUAUACAAAAAAAAGUGCAUCUGAACGUAUAUGGUAGAUAAUUAUUAUGUUAAAUCCUUUUAUUUAAAUGAAUCGUUUGUAAAUAUGA